GGGCGGUUGGUUCCCGGAAGUUGCAUCAAGUUUGAAGCAUUCUAUCAUGAGGAACAUUGGUCUCGCUGCCCUAGUGCUGGCCCAGACUAAGACGGAAGUGGCCAACUGAAGACAAGGUGCUUAAGUAGGAGGGGUUUGCAGCCGGUUUUCAAAUAUCCCGGUCAUUGCCACGUUCUUCAUUCCACCCAUUUAUUUCGCAUACGAGCACAAACCACGACAGUCGCCCAGCAAGACAAGAAAAACAUGUCUGAGCCAGCAAGCGAGCAGCUUCCAGCCCUCCCUUCGGACCUGACGCCGGAGUGGCUGGGAGCCAAGCUUGGGCACAAGAUCAAAUCGGCCGAGAAUACGCGCAACAUUUGGGGCACGGCGAGCAAGCUGUUCUACACCAUCACGUACGAGGAGGAAAGCAACGACGAGAGGCCGACCCAAGUCUGCAUCAAGGGCGUCUUCGACCCGAAGAUGAUCGAAUCGCAGCCGUGGACAGUCAGCCUGGCGCAGCGCGAGGCCGAGUUCUUCACAAAGGUAGCUCCCACCGUCAACAACAUGAUCUUCCCCAAGGGCUGGUGGGGCGGCACCAGCGACAAGCAAGGCAUCGCCAUCAUGAACGACCUGACCAGCGAGGGCUGCUCGUUUGCUGCUGAAGUCGCCUCGUACCCGGCGGAGAAGGUGAUGAACGGCGUCGAGCAGUUGGCCGGUCUUCAUGCGCAAUACUGGGGCCAGAGCCAGGAGGAUCAUCCCUGGAUCUGGAACAACUACGACCCGGCCAUGAAGUUUAUGUGUACGCCCUGGGACGACGUGGUUCGAGGCCCUGGCCGACCCCAGUUACCCGAGUACCUGAUGGACGGUAAGCGAUGCAACGAGGCUCUUGACCGCUACUACGCCGAGCGCAACCCGCGCUUCCGCACACUGCUGCACGGCGAUACGCACAUUGGAAACAUCUACUUCACUGCCGAUGGCCGCAUUGGGUUCCUGGACUGGUCGGCAUUUCACUUCGGGUCGUGCUUCCACGAUGUUGUCUACCACAUGACGUCCAUGCUGAGUGUCGAGGACCGUCGCGCCCACGAAAUGGAGAUACUAGACCACUAUCUUGAGACGCUGCAUCGGCUCGGCGGACCCAAAUUCGACCGUCACAACGAUCCAGAGGUCAUGACCGAGUACCGGCGGUCCUUCAUGACCAACGUCAUCUGGCUCAUCUGCCCUGACGGCUUGCAGAGUAAGGAGCGCGUUGCUGCCUUGUGCGAGCGCACCGUUGCUACUUACGACGACCAUAAAGUCAUUGAUGUUAUCCUUGGUCAGCCUAAGCCGGCGGCUGGUUGAGAAUCAAUGCCAACAAAGAAUCGUCUUCGCAGUUGAUAUAUGCGGCACUUGCCCUCAUCCUUGUCAGAUUAGAGCCGUAGCAGAAGCAUUAUGCUACUCUGAUCAAUAAAUGAUCUGACUUUUUCGCAAUAAUAUUGACUGAUUCAUGCGUCC